GUCAUUUACUUAUAACCUAUUCGUUUGAAUUUUUACUAUUAUUUUUUUAUACUUCGUUUCUCGUUUUUUAUUUUCUCGUUUUACGUUUUUUGUGUUAUGUUGGUGUGUGCACUGUGCAAUUACACAAAACUUCUUUAAAAAACUUAGUUUUAGCCCUUUUUUUGAAUUUUUAAAUUAUUUUAAAAUGGUUCAGUCAUGUUCAGCCUAUAAUUGUACCCAAAGGUAUACGAAAGGCAUUAAAUUUCAUAGAUUUCCAACGGAUGUGAAUUAAGAAGAAAUGGAUUGUAGCUAUGCGACGAGAUAAAUUUGUUCCUACGAAAUAUUCAGCUAUAUGUGGGAAUCAUUUUCAAGAGAGCGAUUAUUCCUUAAAUCCGUAUGGAAAUUUAGUGCUGAAUAAAGACGCAGUACCGUCUAUAUUUCAGUUUCCGCCAGGGGUCAAUAAAACGAUUAGCAAGCCUCGAAGACCAUUAAAUAGGCAUUAUAAUUCCAUUGAUACUCCUUCUACAUCUACUGCAGGAUUGGAUGUUUCUGAUGAAAACUCUAAAGAGCAAACUCAAUUGCCCACAGUAGAACAGUCUACCGAACAUCAUGGAAGAGUCCACUAAUAUAGAUCAGUGUACAAUGGAACAGAAAGAGCCGAGAAAGGUUACAAAAAGGAAAUUCAGAUAUAUAGGGGAUUUUCAAGUGUCCGAUCUUGAGUGUCCAAAAAAGAGACGCCUUUAUUGGAAUCCCACACAAAAAUUUAUGUCCAGUAGUAGACGAAAAUAUGUGACACUAAAGACCAAAAUUCACAGACUUAAGAACAGGAUUAAUUAUUUAAGUACUUUACUAACGGAACUGACAGAAUGUGACAGAAAGUUUCCUGUUCCAAGAUCCAUUGAUUUCAAUAAACAAUUUGUUACAGUGGAAUUAAUUCAGGGACAGUUUGUCCCUGAUCUCAUGAAUUUGAUUAUUCGUUUUGCUGAUUCAAGUAAGUAAUACACGACGAUUUUAAUGAAUUCAACGUAAAUCUUAACUCUGAGGAGAAACCAAUUUUCAUUGAUUUUCCACAAAUGAUUUCUAUGCAGCAUCCAAACGCAGAACAAUUCUUCAAUAGAUUACAAAAGCGAGUUGUAUCCCAAAUUCUUAGAUGUCCAAAGGGAUGAUGGUUUAGAUGCUGAAGUGGCAUGUUAUGGAUUUACAAAGCAAAUGGCUAAGCAUAUAAAUAAGAAACUUGGAUACAUUGACAGUAGUGAUGAUGAUGUUGACAGAUCAGGGAAGUGUACAGAUUUUAAUACACCUGAUGCUUCAGGUGAAUGCAAUUCUGAUAACAAUUCUACGUUGAACACUAGAGUUUUUUCAAUGCUUUCACUAUCUUAAUUUUGUUUCUUUUAAUAAACAGAUGACGUUGAAUCGUUCUCUGAUUGCUCUGAAAAUGCGGAUAAUUUUGAUUCAAGUAUCAAGUAUUCAAUAACACCAACCCAACUCCAUGAUGAGAUUAAAAGGAGGCUGAAGAAUUAGAUGGUGAAGAAAAAGAAAAAGAUGCAUUGCUAAAUGCUGUAAUUAGAACGAGGAAGAAGAAUGCAAAUGCUGUAAAAAUGAAUUGGAUUCAGGAUAAUUAAUGAAAAUAUUAAUAUGAAAUACAUAUUAUUUAAGUUUAUAGAUGAAAAGCAUUUUCUCAUUUAUUUUAAUGAUUUAAUCGAAUUGAACAAUGUUGUACAUGUAUCCAAAUUGGUUAAUGUAAAAAAUAAGUGUUUAUAAGUUCAAUUUUUAUUUUUUUCCUAUUCGACAAGAUACUUAUUUGAUAUGUUUGACAAAAAUAGGUCAUGUACGCCUACAAAAUGAUUAUUUUAUUGGUUAUAUAUACACAUUUCAGUAAAAUUUUUAAACGCUAAGUUUGCCAAUCGGUAACAUUUUAACUAAAAUGUCUACUAACAUACAAGCUACUAGUAGUUCUCCUGUAUUACAGCUAGGGGAACGGUUAGAGAAUUUUAAAAAUAAUGUUAUGGCACAAACACUAAUAAUAAUUAAUUGUUUUAAUAAAUUCCAGUUUUAGGACGACCAAUUUAGUAUAACAGCCUAUUAAACCAGAAUUUAUUAAUUGUAUAAAUAAGAUUAUGGCAUAUUCAAAAAUAUGUUUUUUGCUAUUCUUAAUAGCAGUAUAUUUAAGUACAUGCCUUAAGUGCGCAACUAAUUAGUAACAAGACAGAUUUCAAUCCAAUAAAAAUUUACUGUUAUGCAAGUGAUUAAAAAUUAAUAACAUAAAGAAUUCAGUCAAUUUUGUUCUAGAAAUACUUAUCUAAUUUUGAGAUUUACAUACGCUUAGCGAGAAGAAAUUCAAGUUUUAAACCACUCGUCUGCGAAUCUCAAAAAUUAGAUUUUUUAACCAAAAAUUAUCCAGAAACAUUAGUAAAUUUUUCUUAAUUGUUUUGAUUUUUUUAUUCUUAAACAUUAAUCUUACAAUAUUUGGUGUCUCUACACAUUGUUGACUUCAUUUACGUAAAAAUAGAGACAAUAUGAAUAUAGUUUAAAUAGAAAUUGGUUUUUUAUGAACAAACGUCGUCAAUUAAAAAAAUUUUACUAACUUUAAGAAAACAUAUUCGUACCAACCGUUAUAAUAAUAUGUACUGGUAGAAAAAUUGUUACAAUCAUACCAAACUGAAGGCUACAAAUCAAUAAAAAAUUUUGACACGAAGUGUACAGUCGGGUACGAACUGAAUUUAAAAGCCGCUUAAACGAAAAUAAAGGCGGCCUCUUUGACGCAACUCUUCGCCGAGCAGUUCUUGUCGGGCUCCGCCUGAACUCUCAACCAUUUUCCGUGACAAUGGGGCGCCGACAGGGCCGACCAUCGCGUGAUGUGGCCUUCGACACCGUGGCCUUGGCAUCUCCAUUCGAGGUCCUCGUGUAGGGCUUCCGAUUCGCAACGAACACACACCUUUUCCC